GAGGAGCUCUCGCUGCAGCUGACUGUGGACUUGGAGGGCAAUGGCAUGCCCGUGACCGAAGUGAAGCUCUGCAUGGACGGGCAAACCCCUCUGGACAGUUUCCUCCCGUCGGAGAGUGACUGGGAAGAGUUUCGCAGCUGGUUCGAGCCCGAAGUCAACCGCGCCAUCCACUUGGACAGCUACACCCCGGACAGCACUGCCAUCCCUCUCGUGCUACCUUUUUUGGGAGAUUGGCAUCGUCUCAAUGCCGGCAAGCUGCAGAUUGCCUGCGUUGAGAUGGAUCAGCAUUCCUCGAGGUUCAUCCUCGAGGCCUCGCAGCUCACGACAUACAACAUGCACCGUCCCAGGUUGCACGAGCAAGGGGCGCCUGCCCCCAUGACUCAAAGGAUCGUUAACUUCCCUGGGUCUACACGGAUUCUUGACUUUUGCGAGUCCAUGAUUGAGUGGCUGGCGAUUUAUGUCUCCAUCGAGUUCGUGAAAAUCUUUAAGGCAGAGUUUGCGAAUCUUGAAAGGCUGUCAGGCUCAAGCAAGGUCCUCUCGGCAGAGGAGAAGAACGCCGAGCCCACAGCCAUCAAAGAGCACUUGCUCCGUCUUGUGAAGGCUGCAACUGACGGAGGGCUGCCUCACAUUCAAGAGUUGACGAUGGUCCUGCGGCGAGUAUGCCGCUUUGAGUUUCCCAUGAAUUGGGAUGGCUUGGCUCAUCUUCUGCUAGCUGAGCUGCAGGGCCUGCGAGAGAGGGGCUUUAGCGAGGCAGCCCUGGCCGUCGUGUUGGUGCUGCAUCAGGUGCUCAAAGAGCAGAGCUCCAAAAGGCUGCUGUCGUCCAGACGCGAGUUCCACCAGCUGGGCGGCCUUUUGGUGGAACCGCUCGGAGCCGUUUGGGCGCUGAAGAUGGAACACAUGCGACACCUGAAGAGCCAGGGGUCUGAGCUGGUGGACGACCGGCUCUGGCGGCUGAGUCGACACUUGGACGGCUCCUUCCUUCUGCUGCUUGCUGGCCCCUUAGAUCUAGCACUUGCCGGCCUACGCAAGGCCCAUGCCAUGGAAACCCCCUGGAAGCUGCCCUGA